AUGGAGACGAUCGCGGUCCUCCGUGAUGGACUUGAGCGACAUCUACUGCUGCUUGGUGGUCUCGAGCUGCGUCUUGAACGAGCUGCCCUUGCGCACCUGCUCCACCAGGUCGAGGAUCUGGUUGAGAUAGUUGUCGUUGUUGUCCUCCAUCGUUUUUAUCUGGCGCUUGAGAUCGGCAAUCUCCUCGACCUUGAGCUGAUACUUCCUGAGCUUGUCCUCGGUAGCCUCGGCGCUCUGCACCUUCUCGCACAGGAUGUCGAUCUCGUCCUUCAGGUCCCUGUUCUCGCUGGCCAGCUUGGCACUGUCGUCCAUCUUCCUCCUCAGCUCAAACACCUGCUUCUCCUUGUCCUCGAUCAUCUGCUGCAGUUGUUGAUCUCCUCCUUGACGCGGAGGUCGCUAAUCGUGUUGAGCGACGACUGCUGCUUCUGGUCGUCCAGGCGCUUCUGCGCAAACUCGAGUGACUGCUGCAGGUUGGAGCACACCUGA